AUGUCGUUAGCCAGAGCGGAGAGGGCUCUGUCGUCCACCGUACGGCGAGCCGCCCUCCUCCAAACAUCCCGACUCCUCACGCCCGCGCUCGCGUCAGCAACCUUCCGAACGUUCCACAACACUCCUAGAUCGCCAGCGCCGGCGCCGCCGCUCGUCACCGGCCUCGGCGGCACCAUUCCUCCCGCCUACUUCCAACGCCCCUCCCUCCCCGCCAACACCAUCAUCCGCUUCGUGCCGCAGCAGACCGCAUGGAUCGUCGAACGCAUGGGCAAGUUCAACCGCAUCCUUGAGCCCGGCCUGGCCAUCCUCGUCCCCUUCAUCGACCGAAUUUCCUACGUCAAGAGCCUGAAGGAGGUAGCCAUCGAGAUACCCAGCCAGAGCGCCAUCACCGCCGACAAUGUCACCCUAGAGCUAGACGGCGUCCUGUUUACCCGUGUCUUCGACGCCUAUAAAGCUAGCUAUGGCGUAGAAGACGCCGAGUACGCCAUCUCGCAGCUCGCACAGACGACGAUGCGCAGCGAGAUAGGGCAGCUGACCCUCGACCAUGUGCUGAAGGAACGCGCCGCGCUCAACACCAACAUCACCGCGGCGAUCAACGAGGCCGCCCAAGCCUGGGGCGUCACGUGCCUACGAUACGAGAUACGCGACAUCCACGCCCCGGACGCCGUGGUCGAGGCCAUGCACCGCCAGGUCACGGCCGAGCGAUCGAAGCGGGCCGAGAUCCUCGAGAGCGAGGGGCAGCGCCAGAGCGCCAUCAACAUCGCCGAGGGCAAGAAGCAGAGCGUCAUCCUGGCCUCGGAGGCCCUGCGCGCCGAGCAGAUCAACCGGGCCAACGGCGAGGCCGAGGCGAUCCUGCUGAAGGCGAGGGCGACGGCCGAGGGCAUCGACGCGGUCGCGCGGAGCAUCGCCGCCGGCGGCAGCUCCGCCCAGGGCGCCGUCAGCCUCAGCGUCGCCGAGAAGUACGUCGAGGCGUUCGGCAAGCUGGCGCGCGAGAGCACCGCCGUCGUCGUCCCCGGGAACGUCGGCGACAUCGGCGGCAUGAUCGCCACCGGCCUCAGCGUCUACGGCAAGGUCGGCGAGGCCCAGAGCCGCACCAUGGCCAAGCAGCUCCUCGGCAACGGCGACGCCGCGCCCGGCGCCGAGCCCGCGCCGCAGGCCAGGCCCACCCGGGCGAGCGUCGUAGACUCGAUGGUGCGCGAGUUCGAUAACACCGCGAACAGAAAGACCUAA